CAAAAGUAUAUCCUCACGUCGCACGGUUCCUUUACCCGCGCAGUGCUACACGUACUGCACUUGCAUUCGCGCCGCUGCCCUUGCAUUUAUGUGAUAUGACAGCCCCCUCUAGCAUGCGCAGCAGAAAGUCCCCCCAGAAUCAGCCUUCGCUGUUGAAGAAGCCCCGCUAGCACUUCGCCCGCUUGUGCGAUGGAACCGCGUGGAACCAUUGAUCUGCAUGAGAGACAACUCUGCCCACAUAUAUAUGCCUAGGAGCCCGGCGGGUGAAGCAACGUGCCCGACACAGCCACGUUCUUCCCGGUGAUAUUCGUCCAUCCGCAAAUGGCCGAAGUUCUCGGAGUCGCAUCUUCAGUUGCUCAACUACUAGAAGGGGCGAUCCGCCUGCUCAAGCGGGUGCGGAAUGCCUACGAGCGCCACCAUAAUCUGACCGCGGCCCUCGACAAGCAUGCCCUCGAGAUCGAGACCAUCAACCUCCUUGUCCGCACCAUCGACGACGAAGAUGCGCUGCACACCGCCGUCGUGAACUCGGAGUUAACCAAGCUCCACGCCGUCGGGGUGAAGCUGGUGAGGUGUCUCAGGGAGCUGGAUCCGGGGAACAAGGGGAUGGUGCGCCAGCUAGCUCAUCAGCUUGUGCAUGGCACGAAGGAUGAGGAAACGCUCGCCGAUAUCAUGAAAGACCUCGACCGCGCGAAGGCUAAUCUGAGUCUACGCGUGCAGCUUGCUAACGUGGGACUGACGCGCAUGGUUCACGAUACCGUGCUUGCAAACGUUGAAGUUAUCAACCGGAUCGAUGGCCUGCUUGCCGAGGUCUUCAGGGAAAGCCACGGCCUGAAGCUCGCCGGUCUGCUCAAGGAUAAGAUUCCGCAAGAUGAUAACUUGGUGCCUUUGCGCAAAGCCGAUAUUGCCUUUCUAGACCAGGAAACGACCGGCGAGACUGGUGCCCUUGAUGACGGGACAAUCGACCGUAUCAUCGCUGGCAACACGGCACGAGAUUCGGCCGUCCAGCUCCUGGGGCCAGUUGGGAGGGACUUGUGGGAGGACGUUCGUGUCAGGAUCGAAAAUAAUACAGCGUCGGGCCAUGCUUCUCAGUUCGUGUAUCCCACCGAUUUCGCAACUUUCAAGUAUCUGCUUGACCAUCAAGAGAGAAUGGCAGCCUUGCAGACGGGGUAGUCAGGGUAGAAUUUUGCCUGGGUCCUAGCCUCAAAAUUUGAGGGGGUUGUACGUGCUACACGUAAACGUGAAUGCUAAUUAUUCAUCUGAUAUAGAC